AUGAUGCUCCGGCUGCUGAAUUCCCUCCUACUUGUGGCCCUUGCCUCGGGCUGUGGCCGGCCUUCCUACCAGCCCUCCUCCCGUGUCGUCAAUGGUGAGGAUGCAGUCCCCUACAGCUGGCCCUGGCAGGUCUCCCUGCAGUACAAGAAGGACGGAGCCUUCCACCACACGUGUGGCGGCAGCCUUAUUGCUGCCGACUGGGUCAUGACUGCGGGCCACUGCAUCUCGAGCUCCUUGACGUACCAGGUCGUGUUGGGCGAAUAUAACCGAGCGGAGGAAGAGGGCUCCGAACAGGUGAUCCCCAUCAGUGCCGGGGACCUCUUCGUGCACCCGCUCUGGAACCCCAACUGCGUAGCCUGUGGCAAUGACAUCGCUCUCAUCAAGCUGUCGCGCAGCGCCCAGCUGGGAGACUCUGUCCAGCUUGCCUGCCUCCCUCCUGCUGGUGACAUCCUGCCCAACGGGGCGCCCUGCUACAUCAGUGGCUGGGGCCGGCUCUACACUGGCGGGCCCCUCCCAGACAAGCUGCAGCAGGCGCUGCUGCCCGUGGUCGACUACGACCACUGCUCCAAGUUGGACUGGUGGGGCAUCUCUGUGAAGAAGACCAUGGUGUGCGCCGGUGGGGACAUCCGCUCGGGGUGCAACGGUGACUCUGGAGGGCCCCUUAACUGCCCCACCGCAGAUGGCUCCUGGCAGGUCCACGGUGUGACCAGCUUCGUUUCUGCCUUCGGCUGCAACACCCUCAAGAAGCCCACGGUGUUCACCCGAGUCUCGGCCUUCAAUGACUGGAUCGAGGAGGUCAUGUCAAGCCACUAG